AUGUCAGAACCAUUAGUUGAAUCAAUUUCUCGCGCACGAGUUGUUGAGUGCUCCCACGUGAUAAAUGACCAAAUUCCUUUAUGGCCAAGAAACCCAUCAAUGGUCCGCUGUCCAUUUAACACUUAUGAGAGAAGUGGCUUUUCUAAUGAAAUCUACACCUUGGCAGGUGGAACAGGUACGCAUAUCGAUUCCCCAGCCCAUUUCUUUGAGGGCAAGAAAACGAUUUCUGAUCUUCAGCCAAAAGAACUUGUUUCAAAAGGAGUUCUGAUAGACGUAAAAGAAAAGUGCGACGAGGACAAUGAUUACGAAUUAACAGUUACAGACAUAGUUGAAUGGGAAAAUAAGCAUGGAAGAAUCCCUGAUAGGUCAAUUGUUUGCAUGAGAACUGGAUGGGGAGCUAAAUUUGGUCACCCAGAAGAGUAUAAAAAUCAUGAUGAGUCUGCAAAACACCCUUAUUAUCCUGGAGGAGUUAUGAGAUUCCCUGGGUUUUCAAAAGAAGCAGCUGAGUUUUUGUGCAGUCAAAGAAACAUUAAUGCGAUUGGAAUUGAUACACUUUCUUUAGAUCCUGGAAAAUUGACCGAUUUUGCUGUUCAUAAUGCAAUCCUGGGGAGUGAGAAGUAUCAGAUAGAAAACCUGUACUUGGAAGAUCUUCCAGAGAGCGGGUUUACAAUGAUCGCUUUGCCUCUUUUAAUUGAUCAUGCUCCUGAAUUGGCUGCAAGGGUUAUCGCCAUAUUGGAUUACAAUUAA